GGGAGGACAGGGUGCGGGGAGGGGGUUGCAGAAGGAGCGGAGCGGCUGCUGCUCAAUGGCGGAAAAGCCGCCGGUACUCUGACCGCCUGGUCCCCUUAGCAGUUGCGGGGGAGUUUCCUGCCGGCGCGGCUGGAGUCUCUGUUUCUCAGGGUUCGGUGGCUGGAAGAUGCUCCAGAGAGACGAGGCUGCGGCGGAGGAGGUGGCGGCGGCCGAAUCGGCAACGGCGCUAGGGUGGAGAGAAGGCGGCAGCGGCGGCGGCGGCGGCGUGCGGGGCCCGACGGUGUAAACAGCCCCGGAGGCGGCGGAGGCGGUGGCCGAGACCCCGAAGGGGAAGCGGCGGCUGAGGCAGGGUCGCGCCUCGGUCGGAAGCCUGGGCUGAGUACAGCAGGGGGUCUCUGCGGCGGGCGAGAGCGGACGCCCUAGACCUCGCUUCCCUCCCUCGCCCCAGAUUCAUUAUUAAACAUGGGUGCAUUUUUGGAUAAACCCAAAACUGAGAAACAUAAUGCUCAUGGUGCUGGGAAUGGUUUACGUUAUGGCCUGAGCAGCAUGCAAGGAUGGAGAGUAGAAAUGGAAGAUGCACACACAGCUGUUGUAGGUAUUCCUCACGGCUUGGAAGACUGGUCAUUUUUUGCAGUUUAUGAUGGUCAUGCUGGAUCUCGAGUAGCAAAUUACUGCUCAACACAUUUAUUAGAACACAUCACUAAUAAUGAAGACUUUAGGGCAGCUGGAAAAUCAGGAUCUGCUCUUGAGCCCUCCGUGGAAAAUGUCAAGAAUGGCAUCAGAACUGGCUUUUUGAAAAUUGAUGAAUACAUGCGUAACUUUUCAGACCUCAGAAACGGAAUGGACAGAAGUGGUUCAACCGCAGUGGGGGUCCUGAUUUCACCUAAGCAUAUCUACUUUAUCAACUGUGGUGAUUCACGUGCUGUUCUGUAUAGGAAUGGACAAGUCUGCUUUUCUACCCAGGAUCACAAACCUUGCAAUCCAAGGGAGAAGGAGCGAAUCCAAAAUGCAGGAGGCAGCGUAAUGAUACAACGUGUUAAUGGUUCAUUAGCAGUGUCUCGUGCUUUGGGGGACUAUGAUUACAAGUGUGUUGAUGGCAAGGGCCCAACAGAACAACUUGUUUCUCCAGAGCCUGAGGUUUAUGAAAUUUUAAGAGCAGAAGAGGAUGAAUUUAUCAUCUUGGCUUGUGAUGGGAUCUGGGAUGUUAUGAGUAAUGAGGAGCUCUGUGAAUUUGUUAAAUCUAGGCUUGAGGUAUCUGAUGACCUGGAAAAUGUGUGCAAUUGGGUAGUGGACACUUGUUUACAUAAGGGAAGCCGAGAUAACAUGAGUAUUGUACUAGUUUGCUUUUCAAAUGCGCCCAAGGUCUCAGAUGAAGCAGUGAGAAAAGAUUCAGAGCUGGAUAAGCACUUGGAAUCACGGGUUGAAGAAAUUAUGGAAAAGUCUGGUGAGGAAGGAAUGCCUGAUCUUGCCCAUGUCAUGCGCAUCUUGUCUGCAGAAAAUAUCCCAAAUUUGCCUCCUGGGGGAGGUCUUGCUGGCAAGCGCAAUGUUAUUGAAGCUGUUUAUAGUAGGCUGAAUCCACAUAGAGAAAGCGAUGGGAUGGCAGUCUCGGGCAUGUCCAUUUGUAAACCUGCCGAGGGCUCUGGUGACAAGAAAGACAGUGGCUGGCAGACCUUCCAAGCCCCUAAAGUACAAGGACAUGAAGGUUUUUUUUUUUAAGCCUGAAAGAAAAAUGAAGCCAACAUUAUGUAAUUGUAUUAUGUAUACUGCUAUUAACCAGUACUCUUACAGCCCAUUAGUGGAGGCAGAGAAAAACUGUCCCUGCGCCUUUCAAAAUCAUAUUUUUCUCUGUCCCUGUGAUAAACACCUGUGGCUUUGGGGAGCAUUUUGGUUUUAUUCCUGGGAUUCUCAUGGUUAGAGGCAGGCUUUACUCUGUCACUAUUGUUUCCUUUCUCUUAAAAGCACCAUUUAAAUGAGAAGUUACCAGGUUUCUAAAUGUCCGUGUAAGAACAUCUUUCUUUGAUUCUGGUAUUUGUGCUGUCCAGAUCUGUUCUGAAAUGAGAUUCAGUGUUUAUAGUCAACAGAAAUUCCUGAAGUAAGUUUGUAACCCGGUUGUUCUACAUGAAUACAAAACUUAAUAACCCACUUAGACACUUUUUAAACUAAUUUAGAUGAUGUCAAAGACUUGUGUUUAAGAAUAUAGGAGGUAGUGGAUAUCUUGGCACACAAGAAACCAGCUCAGGUAUUGUCUCGUAAAUACUUUUCCCAGUGGCCAAAAAAUUGUACUGUUGGACGACAUGUCACCUAAGUAAGCUCCCUCUUGUGCCUUUUAUCACAAUUCCAUUUGUUAUCUUACUUUUAUAUACUAGAGUCAUAAAUGACUAGGACUCUAACAGUAUGUACAUUCUCUUUCUGAGAGAUUGUAUUUCCACUCCAAGACCAAAAGGUGCAAGAAAGAAUGAUAAGAAAAAAGGAACCCUUGUUUCGUCCUUGAGCACAAAGACUGCCAAAGUUAAUUCUUGCUUUUCCAAAGAACUGGUAUAAAUAUUCUAGGAAGUAUAGCAAAAUUUUUGAAAGACAGUAGAUCAUUUCUUUUAGGGAGAACCAUGGAAAAGUUUCAUGUUUUGAUCUGUGGAUAAUGCUGUGAUGUAGUAUGUAGAUCAGAUAUUUCUUUAGUGUGUUCCAUGGAUUUAUCCAUAUUUUGCAUAAUCUCUGAGAAUGAAUGUUGAAAUGGAUUUAUGGCAAUCUCAGCUACGCAGAAGUUAUUUCUAGAGCUUAAGGAUAGUGUACUAAGACAUACCUUCGAGACAGAAUUGGAAUUGGUUAGAAUUAGGUUUAUACCAUACCACACAUUUCCAGAUAGUUAGGGGUAACCUAAAUUAUAUAAAUAAAACCGUAAGUUAAAUGUACCUAGAAGAUUGGCUAUGUAAAAUUGUCUUCGAAAAGGAAGGAAUUCCUUUCUAAUAACCCAUGUUUGUAUUGUAUGUAUGAUUUUUUUUAGGGCUUUUUGCUUUUUUCAGGGUGGAACACGCAUAACUGUAGCAGGUAAGAUGGAAUAUUCCCUGUUACAGUAUAAAAGUUUACUACACUAUAUUAGUGAAGUAUACCAUGAAAAAUUUAUACAAUGCUGAUUGCUUUAACACUAGUGGGGGGAGGGGGGCUAAAUAAAUUACAUUUUCUAGACUGAUUUCACAUCAAAAAAAACGAUACAUAUUUCAAUUGUAUCUCAGUAAAACUAGGGGGAAACACCCCCACAUUUGUCCAUUUGAGAGAUAAAAAGUGGCCCAAAAAAGCAAAUUCUGAAUGACUUGUAGUUUUAUGUCCUCAGAAGUUUUAACAUAAUAGUUCUGAAGAAUUGUCAUUUGUGUGUUCUUCAAAAAUAGAGUAAUAAAUUUUGUAGCUGGUCAGAUCUUUAAGUAUGUAUUUAUGGAAUUCUCAAAGUUGGAAAAAACAUUUGGCAGUGUUAGUCUGACUCCAGGAACCAGAAUCUACUUUCAUCUUGGGCAGCUCUACCUGUCCCAAUUGGUUCUUUGUUUCUUCCCUUCAUUUGUCUUAUUAGCUCGAGACCAAACAUUUAACAGCAGCUACUGUGAUGACACCCAGCCUCUGCUCUUUUCUGUCCCCAGUUCACUCAUCCUAUGUCACGGGCUUCAGUUGUCUUUACCAUCCAAGACCCUUUUCUGCAAAUGCUCUGGUUUUCUAGGGCUUUCUGAAAGUACACAACCCAAAGCUGAACAUUUAUAAGUAGCAGAGCUAUCAUUCCUAUGUCCUAGUUAACACUCUUCAUCUGUUAGCACCCAGAUGUUGGACUAGCUUUUCUGGCACCCAUGUGAUACCGUGUGAGUCUUCAGAGGUUGAUGAUUUUUUACUGCUGUUAAGUGAUUCUCCCCCAUCCUGCACUUGUAGAGUUGGUGUUUUGCUUAACCUAGUUUGCAGGACUUGCAUUUCUUCCUAUUAAGUUUUCUUGUGUUAGAUUCAUUAACCUUUUGAGAUGUUUUUGGAUUCAUGUAAGAUCUAUUUGCUG